GCUAUUAAUAGAAUGAUGUCAGCAUUCCAGAACUGCCCCCUCCGCUAUAUAAAGAGGUGAUGCAACUCCGCCAGUAGUAUAGUGAGUGCCGGGGGGAGAGAGAGACAGGAGGCUCUGAUCACACACUCACACGCUGGACUCCUGCCUCUGGCUUUGUCUGCCUUCAUCAUAUCCUAAACAGUAGACCACCAGCUCCACCAAGAAAAUGAUGCUCCAGCACCCCGGACAAGGUUCUGCUGCCGAAGUCAGCGCAACCGCUAUCGUCCCAUGUUUGUCUCCAACCAUGUCUUUUGCUUUCGAAGACUUCACCAACUUAACACCUCUGGUAAAAGAAGAAUUACGGUUUGCCAUCCAGAAUAAACGUUUUUCUAGCAGAGCACCAUGUACCCUGGACACGGUCAUCGUAGCAGAAGGACCCAAAGAAAUGCCUAUCCAUAAAUCCGAGUUUGUCCCCGAAGAAGAUGAUCGAAAAAAGAGGAGGAGAGAACGGAAUAAAGUAGCAGCCGCUAAGUGUCGAAAUAAGAAGAAAGAAAGAACAGAAAGUUUGCAAAAGGAAUCUGAGAAGUUGGAAUCUAUCAAUGCAGAUCUGAAAGCCCAGAUCGAAGAGCUAAAGAACGAGAAGCAACAUUUAAUAUAUAUGCUCAACCUCCAUCGGCCUACCUGCAUCGUCCGAGCUCAAAAUGGCAGAACACCGGAAGAUGAGCGAAACCUCUUCAUUCAGCAAAUUAAAGAUGGAACCCUCCAGAGCUAAGCUAUCAAGAGAGACAAUGUACAAUCUCACUAUUGUAUAGCAAGUAGAAUUCUUAAAACAUUCUGGGGCCAAAUGGACUUGACGUGCUCUGGAGAGACCUUGUUGCUACCGAACGCUUCGAGGAUUGAGAAAGCUACGUGAAAAAUGAAGUGCACAAGCCACGUCAUAGGACUGGAUCCGAAACCGUGAAAGGAUGGACUUUUGGUUGAAUGCUGGGUGUUCACCAAUUUUUUUUAUUUUUUUUUGCAACUGCUGUUAUUGGAAGCCAUAACUAAACAGUAUAUACUGUGUAUUUUUAGGGUUUUAACAAAAAUCCACUGACAAGUUUCAUCUCUAUAGCAGCGCUAUAUGAUUUGUGGUUUAUUUUAAUUUUAUUUUUUAUCUGUGCAAUUUUUUUUUUACGUUUUGUUGCUGGAAGGCAGAAGCACACAUGAAUACAUUUUCAGUGUUUUAUGAUAUAAUUGCACAGAUGUGCUUUUAUUUUAAGUUAUUGCCACCUUGAAAAACUCGAUUAUUAUCAUCCAAAGUGUUUAAAAAGAUAUUGAAACUCAUAACAGUUUUUCAGGAAGUAACCUGAGCUAUCUCGAGUUGUUGUUAUAAUGUCUCUUAAGGGGAAGAGAAAAAAACUGAUAGACACAUUGUGUACACCAGUUUGGUUAAAUCGGAAUUUUUUAUACCACAGUUACCAGUGGUGAUUCCACGGUGACAUUUUGCUGUGUCAUUGUGGGUAUUAGAAUUAAUGCCAAAAAACAAACCACCAACAACAACAGUUUUAGACAGCGAAUGGAUAGCUCUGUAUGCUGAUGGUAGUGUAUAUGUAUACACACUGUUGUUUCGAAUAUGUUCGAAGUAAUGGUAAAAAGAUGAUAUUAUUAACGAUGCUGACAGGCUGUGUAUGAUUGCCAAAUCAAUUUAAUUUGAACUAAUUGAUUAUUAUACUCAUUCAUUUCCAUGCCAGUGCUUCUUACCUGAAGGCCCCUUCCAACCCUGUGGGGCAAUAAUGACCGGCCUGGUUUUUAUCCUAGGUCAAGCAGACACUAAUUACUGCGGAAGUAGAAAAUAAAAAAAGCUCAUUUUAUUCUUAUUUAAUAUGAUUGCCCUAUAAAACCUACAUUUGUGCUCGUUAAACAUUAUACAGUUAUGUCAGUGUUUUGACAAUAUGAAGCAGUCUUAAAGAAACAUUUCUAAUGAAUUUAUCAGGUGUUUGUGAAUCAGCAGAAUAAAAGGGUAGCGUGCAGGGCGAUUGCAAAGCCCCAGGCUCUUUUUAUAUUUUUACAGUUAUUUUGGUUUAUGUGCUGUCACCUGGCAACAUGAACUUCCCAAAAAUUAUUUCAAGGACUAUAUUCUAUGACCAGAAAGUUUAUCAGUAGUAAUUAAUAAAGUUUUCCCUUUGUCUUCGACAUGGGAAUUCGAUUGACAGAGUUGAUUUGUUAUCUCUGUUUGUAGAAUUCAGCCCCUCAAAUGAUUAGAAAGCACGUGCCACAUUUCACCCUAUUUUCUUAAAAGAUUAUUACAUUCAGAUGUAAAACGGCCUUCAGAGAUUUUACUCAUGACAUUUCAUACAUCGCAGUAUGGUGUGUAGGAUUUAUACGAACAUUUUCAGUUUUGAAAAAAAAAUGUUAAAUAAAAUCCAAUUUAAAAUUUGAAAUCAUUUCUACAGUGGGACAUUUCGCAGAUUGACUUACGUAUUUUAUGUAUUUUUUUUAUUUUAUAAUACGUAUUAAGAUUUGAUACCUCAGCCUAAUCAGCCAUUCAAGUACCCACAACCAGACAUUAAAUGUAAUUGUUUCUGGUUUUUAACAUUCUACAACAGAACCUAUCAAUACAUUUACAAGUGUUAGAUUUAAAUAUAUCAUUAAAUAUAUUUGCCUAUUCAUUAAUGAAAGGGAAAAUUGAAAUAAGAUCUUUAAAUCGUUUUUUUUUUUUUAGUUUUUU